ACUGCACUCUAGCCUGGGUGACAGAGUGAGACUCGGACUCUAAAUAAAUAAAUAAAUAAAUAAAUGUCACCUUUUAUUAAGUAGUGUAUGUGUGACCUUGAGUUACUCAACCAAGGUCACACAUACACGACUAAGAGGCAGCACAGAGAACAAACCCAGGUCGGGUCUGGCUCUAAGGCCCAUUUUCUUAGCUAGGAGGGCUCAGUCUGAGCUUUACCUUGGGCUUCACUUACAGGCCCUGCUUAAAGAGGGGGAAAGGAAAAGGAGAGAAUGACCCUCGUCUCUCAAGCACUAUACACCCUCAUUGUGACAACACGCCCAUGAAGGACCCUGGCCAGUAGGGCCCCCACUGAUACAAUCUGGUGAUUCCCAAGCAUACACAUCAUAUUUUAUCCCCAUUUUGCCAGUGAGGAAACUGAGACCCAGGUAGUUACAGUGACGUCCUCAUAGUCGCAUGGCUUGUGAUAAGAUGGGGACCCUGGCUUCUGGUGUGGUCCCAGACUGUACUACCCCAGCGAGGUUUCAGUGAGAAGGGUAAGACCACCUUCCCUGGAAGGGAGACAGAUGUGGAGCAGCACCUGGAAAGAAGCAGGCCUGGGCUCUGGCAUCAGUGUGCACACACACUGCAUCAGCUCUGAUUUUUUUUUUUUUUUUUUGUAGAGGUGGGACCUCUUGUCACCAAGGCUGGAGUGCCUUGGGAUUAUAGCUCACUGCAGCCUCUAACUCCUGGGCUCAAGCCAUCCUCCUGCCUCAGCCUCUUGAGUAGCUGGGACUAUUGGCAUGCACCUCCGCACCUGGCUAACUUUUAAAUUUUCUGCAGAGAUGGGAUCUCACUGUGUUGCCCAGGCUGGCCUCAAACUCCUGUGCUCAAACCACCCUCCUGUCGCAGCCUCCCUAAACACUGGCAUUACAGGUGUGAGCCACCACACCCAGUCCCCUUGACCUCUUUCAGCCUUGGUUUCCUGUCCAUAAGUGGGAGAAAUGUCACCUUGGCAGUCUGUGCAGCUUAGGAGAGACAAGUACAUUUGAUGUUGGUUACUAAAUGUUGGACCCUGGACCGGCACUCCAACAGCCGGUGCCCUGGGGGGCAGCCAUCAGGUGGGGCAUUUGCAGGCCUCUUCUUAUUCAGACAGCUCCAGGUGCUGAGCGGAAUCAUUGUCCACAUUCACUCUGUCAUUCUGAAGCGGUGUGUAGAACAUUCUAGAACACUCACCACGUGGCCCCUCCUGGGUCCUGGUGAUGCAGCUGUGAAUGAAGCAGGCUUGGGGUUGCUGCCACCUGGGGAGGAGCAGAAGGACUGUGGUCACAGCCACACGUGGACACGGUUACUAGGGUUCUGAUCUGCCGGAGGCGCUGGGCAAUGACCCCGGGACUCCAGGCCAGAGGGGUCUGAAGCUGUUUGGGAAAGCAGCGGGACUCCUUGGGAAGAUGGCCAUGGCCCCAAGCCCUUCCCUGGUGCAGGUGUACACCAGCCCCGUGGCUGUGGCCGUGUGGGAAUGGCAGGACGGGCUGGGCACCUGGCACCCCUACAGUGCCACCGUCUGCAGCUUCAUUGAGCAGCAGUUUGUCCAGCAGAAGGGCCAACGUUUUGGGCUUGGGAGCCUGGCCCACAGCAUCCCCUUGGGCCAGGCAGACCCCUCGCUGGCCCCUUACAUUAUUGACCUCCCCAGCUGGACCCAGUUCCGCCAGGACACCGGCACCAUGCGGGCUGUGCGGAGACACCUGUUCCCCCAGCACUCAGCCCCUGGCCGAGGUGUCGUCUGGGAGUGGCUGAGCGACGAUGGCUCCUGGACCGCCUAUGAAGCCAGCGUCUGUGACUAUCUGGAGCAGCAGGUGGCCAGGGGCAACCAGCUCGUGGACUUGGCCCCCCUGGGGUACAACUACACUGUCAACUACACCACCCACACGCAGACCAACAAGACUUCCAGCUUCUGCCGCAGCGUGCGGCGCCAAGCAGGGCCGCCUUACCCGGUGACCACCAUCAUCGCUCCGCCGGGCCACACAGGCGUCGCCUGCUCUUGCCACCAGUGCCUCAGUGGCAGCAGAACUGGCCCCGUGUCAGGCCGCUACCGCCACUCCAUGACCAACCUCCCUGCAUACCCCGCCCCCCAGCACCCCCCACACAGGACCGCUUCUGUGUUCGGGACCCACCAGGCCUUUGCACCGUACAACAAACCCUCACUCUCUGGGGCCCGGUCUGCGCCCAGGCUGAACACCACCAACCCCUGGGGCGCAGCUCCUCCUUCCCUGGGGAGCCAGCCCGUCUACCGCUCCAGCCUCUCCCACCUGGGACCGCAGCACCUGCCCCCAGGAUCCUCCACCUCCGGUGCAGUCAGUGCCUCCCUCCCCAGUGGUCCCUCGAGCAGCCCGGGGAGCGUCCCUGCCACUGUGCCCGUGCAGAUGCCAAAGCCCAGCAGAGUCCAGCAGGCGCUCGCAGGCAUGACGAGUGUUCUGAUGUCAGCCAUUGGACUCCCUGUGUGUCUUAGCCGCGCACCCCAGCCCACCAGCCCUCCCGCCUCCCGUCUGGCUUCCAAAAGUCACGGCUCAGUUAAGAGAUUGAGGAAAAUGUCCGUGAAAGGAGCGACCCCGAAGCCAGAGCCAGAGCCAGAGCAGGUCAUAAAAAACUACACGGAAGAGCUGAAAGUGCCCCCAGAUGAGGACUGCAUCAUCUGCAUGGAGAAGCUGUCCGCAGCGUCUGGAUACAGUGAUGUGACUGACAGCAAGGCAAUCGGGCCCCUGGCUGUGGGCCGCCUCACCAAGUGCAGCCACGCCUUCCACCUGCUGUGCCUCCUGGCCAUGUACUGCAACGGCAAUAAGGAUGGAAGUCUGCAGUGUCCCUCCUGCAAAACCAUCUAUGGAGAGAAGACGGGGACCCAGCCCCAGGGAAAGAUGGAGGUAUUACGGUUCCAGAUGUCGCUCCCCGGCCACGAGGACUGCGGGACCAUCCUCAUAGUUUACAGCAUUCCCCAUGGCAUCCAGGGCCCUGAGCACCCCAAUCCCGGAAAGCCGUUCACUGCCAGAGGGUUUCCCCGCCAGUGCUACCUUCCAGACAACGCCCAGGGCCGCAAGGUCCUAGAGCUCCUGAAGGUGGCCUGGAAGAGGCGGCUCAUCUUCACAGUGGGCACGUCCAGCACCACGGGUGAGACGGACACCGUGGUGUGGAACGAGAUCCACCACAAGACAGAGAUGGACCGCAACGUUACGGGCCACGGCUAUCCCGACCCCAACUACCUGCAGAACGUGCUGGCUGAGCUGGCUGCCCAGGGGGUGACCGAGGACUGCCUGGAGCAGCAGUGACCUCGCACCCCAGCACGCCCGCCUCUGGUGGCCACCCCGCUGCCCCAUGGCUGGCUGGGUGGCCAGGCAGGAAGUGCCCAGCCUGAGAGGCUGGGAGGUUUGUUGAGGGUGUGGGGUGUGCCCCACCUGAAGCCGGGGCUCCCCCUGCCUGCCUCUCUCUCCUCCUCCCCUGUGGGAAUUGGGCAGCCCUGGGCAGUUGUACUCAUGGGGGCUUAAGAUGCAGCUACCUCAGUGCGCAGGGCCCGUCUGUCCUCUGGGGGCUGCUUCGGGCCCGCGGUGCUCGGGGCCUGGUGUGGGGCGAGUAGAGACUUCCCCAGCCUGGACGGGCGUGGGUUCUGGGUCAGCUUCGUUUACCUCAAUUUUGUUUGCAAUAAAUGCUCUAUAGCCAAA